CAUCAGGGACUURGCCCAGAAGAGCUUCCGUCUCUCCAUGGACAUCAGGCUGCAGGCCCCUCUCAUCGUCAUCCCCCAGUCCUCCACCUCACACAAUGCACUGGAGGUGGAUCUGGGGCUCAUCACCGUGGGCAACAGCUUCUCUCUACUUGCUGUGGAGGGAUGUCCACUUCCUGCUGUCAUUGACCACAUGGACGUACAGCUCACACAGCUCAAACUGUCCAGGAUUUACAUGGAAAAAGACUCUCAGGCCAGUACUGAGCUGCUGCAACUGUCAACCUGCUGCUAACAGUGAAGAGGAACCUGGCUGCAGCAUGGUACCAGAAGAUGGCUGCCAUAGAGGUAGACGGAGACCUCAAGCCCAGAAGGUUGCCCUGAGUCAGGACGACCUAAAGGUCCUGUUGAGGAUCCUGAUGGAGAACAUUGGAGAAGCCAGCGGUCUGCAGCCAGACCAACACACCAGCCCCGACACGACAGCCCUCAAACACAAGACUACGCUGAUGCUCAAAACAGACUACCCCAAAGAUGGUGUUGAGAACAUGGUGGAACUUCCAGAACAACCGGUAGAAGAGGAACCCCUGGAAACCAUGAAGUUUAUCUUCAACAUAGAGUCCCUGGGACUGGUCCUGUACAGCAAUGAC